AUUUUUUAAUUUUUGUAUUAUAUCACAUGUACAUUAUUUCUAUUUUGUUUUAAAAUGAAAGAUGAAGAGGAUUUAGAAUUCAGGAGAUGCGUAAACCAUAUUCUGUCAAACUCGACAAAGCAAGAUAAUUUCCUCAAGUGUAUCGACCUUCUUGGGAUUAAAACUAACCAAUUUAAUAUAAUACACGUUAGCGGAACGAAUGGAAAGUCUUCCGUGGCAUUCAAGGUCUCAAAAUGCCUGGUUUCUCUGGGGUUAAAAGUCGGCUUGUUCACAUCUCCGCAUAUUUUUGAGUAUACUGAAAGGAUUAGAGUGCAAUGUGUACAGAUUUCAAAAUCGGACUUUGUUAGGAUCACUGAUUACAUCUUCUCUGUUAUUGGGGAUAUACCUAUUCAUUUCUUCUCCUCAGUGCUCUUGAUAUCUUUGGUGUAUUUCGUUGAAAAAAACGUAGAAUGGGUCGUUCUCGAAUCUGGGAUAGGAGGCCUUCUUGACCCUACCAACUUUGCACCUAACACAAAGGCAGUAGUUAUAUCCUCAAUUGGCUACGACCAUAUGGCAAUCCUAGGGAAAACACUUGACGAAAUAGCUCAUCAGAAGGCUGGGACUAUAAAACCUGGCUCAGUUGUAGUUCUUGGGCCGAACUGCUAUAAAGAUGAGAUUUUUGAAAGUAAGGCUAAGGAAGUCGGAGCUAAAGUGAUAAAGAAUAACAAGAAAGACUUCGAAUCCUUCGAUGAAGAGAAUACAGAAACUGCCAGACUGGUUGUUGAGGAAGCAUUGGGAUUAGGGAAAGCUAAUAUUUCUGCGCUCAAUUCAAGGCUGAAGAUGAGGCUGAAAAUACUCUCCAGGGAGGAAUGUGAAGUGGUCAAGAACCAUGUUUUUUCUAAAUAUCCUUCACUUGUUCCUAAAUUGACCGAAUAUGGUAUUCCCAAGGCUGUUGUUCUUGACAUUGCCCAUAACAAUACUGCAAUCAAUAGACUCUGCUCCGAUUUAUUCAAAGUUUUUACCGGGAAUGCUGUUUUUUGUGUUUCAAUUUCACAAAAUAGGACCUUGAAUAUUUUCAACCCUCUUGGCUCAUUUUUGAAGAGAGAUAAUCCCUCAAAACCUUCAAUUGAGGUUUUGUAUUUGGAUGUAAACCAUUCAUAUUGUCGAAUGCUUGAAGAUGUAAACCAUGAUUUGGAUAACCCUGACUUAUCUCCCGAUGUAAAGAAGAUUUUCAAGUCUGGCCUGGAUAAGACAAGACAAAUUUGUUCCACAGAGUCUAGUGGAUUUAACCACUCUAAUGCAGUUUUGGACGAUUUUGAUAAAGUUUUGUAUAGUGCGUUCAUUGAAUCCUGCAAGAAUGGCGAUAUUCUUGUACUGACUGGUACCGCGUACAUGAUGGAGCAAUCUUUUAAAUCUCUGGGUUCUAGUUUCUAGGUGUUAAUCUCUUCCUCUUUAGUUUA